AUGAUAAAUGUGUUCAAUUCACCUAUUGAGGCGUCAACUAUCGACGAGUUUGCCGACAGAAAACGGACAGACGAGAAGGAGGUUUUCGAGACGAAAAGACGGCGACCAAAAGUCGAAUACAUUUCGGAUGGUCGUAAGGUGAUCGACGGUGUCAUUGAGGACGAACAACAGCCGAACGCACUUUGGACGACCACCAUUUCGCGAGGUGUUGCCCACGACUGGAGGGAAAGAGCCGAAGGAGGACCGUUCUAUCGAGCCAAGCAAUACGUGGCCGUCAUGACGUACGAUGUGAAAGUGCUGGUGCAACGUUCCAUGCGCAACUAUGGUACCGUCAUAUUGCUCAUCGUCAAUUUCUGUCUAGGUAUAACGAUCUUUCGACUAUUCAAAAUCUUGUGA